GGUUUAUACACACAACCGACAAGAUCGACCCAUGCAGAAGAUCGUAUCGGUUCUGUAUGUCUGUGUCAAUUCAAACACAAUAAUAAUUUUUUCUUUUUGGUUUCGUUCAUUUUUCUCUCGCUCAAAAUUUUGAUUUUUGAUUUUGAUUUGAAAAUUCGAAACUAAACUCUAAUUUAUUCAAUAAAAACGUUUCCAAGAAAUUUCAAAAGAAAAACAAUCGUUCUCUAUUUUCAAUUGUACAAUUUAAGUUUAUACAUAAACAACAAUACGAAAAAGAAACACAAAUCACACACACAACAAAAACAAUAUAAUAUAAACCAACUAAUCUGCCGAAUCGAAACCAAAAAACAACACUCAGAACUGUUCUCGCGAGAUAGAUGUUUGUUGAUUUGAUCUGCGAAAAAACGUAAACACAACACAAAAAAAACAACUUAAAAUUCUUAUCAUCCGAAGACACCCCGAAAUAGUGUGUGAUUUCAGGAACAGAGAAUUCAAGGCGCAUAAAUUUUGUUGUCGGUGUUCCUGAAAUUCAGUUUUUUUUUUUCAAUAGUAAAGUGUGAGAAAUUUCGCGCGCAAAGAACAAAACGUCAACCGAAACGAGUGUGAGUGAUAUUAAUUGAUUCGAAUUCUAUGGACCAUAAUUGACAGAAGAAAACAAAAAUUUACCGUUUUUUUUUAUUUGCUACACAAUUCAAGUGCACUUUGAACAUCAUACACAUAUAUAGACUAUAACACAAAUCAUUGCCAAAAAAAAACGCAAAACAAGAAAGAAAGAAAACGAAGCGAAAAAAACGCCGUUUUUGUUGGUUUCAAAAUCACGCGGGUGAUAAUCUAGUGAGAAGAAGAGUGUGAACCGAGUACUUUGAUCGCAAAACGCGCGCACCACACCAAACAAAAAAGUAGCGGAAGUGGAAACGACGCACACACAAAUCUGGUGUCGUCAUUUUGUGUGAAUUGAAGAAUAGAAGAAAAAAAAGAGAAAAAUUUCGAUUGAAUCAGAUUGAAAACGAAAAAAAGCGAUCAAUUGCAAAAUCAAGAGUGUGCGCCACAGUUAAAUGUGUGUUAAAACAAAUCGAAUGUUUUUCGUUUGCAUUAAAAUCGAGAACGAGCGCGCGCAUUUGUGUGACACUUUUUGAAUCCACCGUGUGUUGUCAAUUGUCAUGGGUCGCUUAAUCAAAGUGGUAGUUAACAAUUGGUGACUCAAAAAAAAAAAAACGAACGAUAUUUAAAUAAACCACAAUUCCAGAAGUGUGUGUCUAUAUGUGUUAUUUGGUUGUGUGUAACGAGAAAAUAAAGACAACAACACCAAAUGAAACGUAAUACAACUCGAAAAAAUAUACAGAAGAAACAACCAAACAACAACAGCCCAAAAAAUAACAACAACAUUUGCUUCUUUUUUGGUCGAAUUCUACGCUAUUAUUUAAUGAUAAUCAUUACAAUUUCCACUUAAGACUAUAAGCAGCUAAAGCAAUCGUAAUAAUAACAGCAAUCAUUUUAGUAAAAACCAAACUAAAAACGAUACUUUGUCCGUUUCCAACGCCUGUCUUUUUCGGUCUACAAACACACACACACACACACACACAGUUUACUCAUAAAAUACGCUUCGAAUCAUUUUUGAAAUCAUCGCAAAAUCUACGAAAAAUCUAUUUAACACAUGCAGAACAAGACGGUUUUUUCCUAUACGUAAGAAUAAUAGACUUUAACACACACACAAAAAAAACCUUCAAUGAAUCGGUGAUUUUCUUAUUAAAACUCAUCUUAUAAUAUUUAUACACAGCUUGUAAAACACAACGAUCAAAGCUAAGCAAAAAAAAACUUUUCUCCGAUCUUUUUCGCCAAAAACAAUCAAACAAAAUAUUUAUACAAUCGUCGCGCGAUCACAAAUCCAAUUGCAGCACAAUUGAGAACUUAAAAAAUACAACAACCGAGAAAUGCAUAUAUAUUUUUUACAUAAUUCAACAACGGUAACUUUUUAAAACUUAUUAAAACUCGCCCCCCUUAAGUCCAAUUCAGUGAUUAUCCUCCAAAAUACUUACUUCUUAAGCAAUUUGCCAAGUAAAAAAAACGAGAUUUAAAAACAACAACAAAACCUAAAUUUAAAAGAAAAAUUUCAUAUUUAAUCAUUUACCGCCCUUAAAAUCUACUCACAAGUAAACAACUUUUAUAUAAAUUGCUUUUGAAACAUCGCAACAAUUUACUUAAAAAAAAAACAACUAAACAUAUAAAUAUUUUGUGAAUCGAAACGCUUAUAUCAAACAGAAAAGAAGAGAGCAGCUCAAAGCGAAACCGUUUUAGAGAGCCUAAACUAAAAGAAAAUACACUUACAAUUUAAUAAUACACAAAAAAGUGGUGCAAAUUCAGGAGUAGAUUAAGGCAAAGAAUGAAUAUUUUUUCGUAAAAUAAUCGCACACAUAUUCGAAACAAUACAUAAAGUUAGUGAACAGAAAGAGAGAGGGAGCGAUAUUGAAAGAAAAAAGAGAAGAUAUCGGAAAUGUGUAAUCGAUGAGCACGUUCUAAAAAGAAAGAAAAAAACGAAGAAGAAGCAAAGCAACCGUUUGAAACGCCAACUAAGUGUCUUACAUACGAGAUUAUUUUGUUUGUUUUAUUAGUUUUUCAUAGUCGUUGUUCGGACAAAAACGUCGUUGUCAUUGUCGUCGGUCGCGAUCGUGUGCGUUUUCGUGUUAGACACAAAAUAGAUAGAAACGAGCCGAAAGAUUUGUUGUCUAUUCGUGUGACAGACAGAGAAAGGAGAGAGAAAAAAAUCAACAAACUAAAUAGAAGAAGCACAAAAGUGAUAAGAACGAGAGAGAAUUUGUGCGAGUGCCAGUGGUCAUUUACUUGAACCCCAAGAAACCGAUACAAUUGCGAUUUGAACGGCUCACUCACAUACAACCACAACAGUUAGCCGAAACUCAUUUCACCAUACAUUGUUGCUGCUACUGGACGAGCUAUUUGACAAAUUUAAAAAAAAAGCAUCGUUGGUGGUAAACAAUAGCCAAACCAAACGCAAUUUUUGUGCAUGUAAAUGUCAAAGCCUACUGGAGCGGCCGCAAAUACAAACGACAGCAACGCAAAUAUUCUCGCACAUAAACAUUGGGCGCGUCGCGACUGUGUUGUUGUAACUGUGUAGCUCAAACAUUGCUGAUGAUCAUCGCAUUGUGUGAAUUAAUUUCUCUCGCACAACGAUUCCAAGCCGAACAUACACUGAAGACGGAAUUCAAGCACACAAAUACACAUCAAAUUCAUUGGUAAUUCAUUAAUCUAAUCGUAAAACCGCUGAAAAUUUCGCCUUCAUAGGAGGAAGAAAAAAAAUCACCCGAAAAAAAACAGGAACAACAUUUUGAAUUUUGCUAAGAGAGUGAGUGAGAAAGAGAGUUUAAAUAUAAAUAAUUGCGGAAAGCGCGUGAUUGAGAAAAAAAAAUUUAGUGUUUUGUGAACAAAAGAGCUUGACAUUUCAACUGCAAACCACCAUCACCAACAACAACGCUGUGUCAACAAUCGGCUUCGUCAUCAUUGCACACACACACACACACACACACACGCACUGAGAACGAAAAAAAAAGCGAAACAACCACGCGAAUAAAGAGCGCUCGCCCCAUAGAAUCCAGUGUGUCGCAUCGUAAAUCACGCACAUGGAUUUAAUUGCACUACUCGACCAACCGAAAGGAACACAUUUAUUAUCUGUAUACGAAAUUUUGCCUCGUUUGCGGAAACUGUAGAGGCCAACAUCAUUACCAUAGUGUGUGGCAAAGCGACAACGACCAAAAUAAAACAAAAAAAAAAUUCGGUAUAAUCAUAGUAAAAGACACAGUGAACGAAAAGAAACGAAGAAAACAACAACGAAUAAUAGAUAGAGAAAUAGAGGCAUAAAGCAAAGAGUAAAUCGGCUGAAGAGAUAUCACAAAGAGCCAACAGAAUUGCCGAAAGGAGAACAAGCAGCCAGGAGCAGCAGAAAAGGAGCAAAAAACAAGAACUAAACUACAACCACGACAUCAUUACGAUUAUCAUUCGGCACAUCUUUCGACAUACACUUUGACAUUAUCACGCGGAACGCAAUACGCAUCAACAUUGGCCGAUGGUCCAAUCAAUAGAGAUCAGAACAUUGAUUUCAUCUUGUGAAAUAAGGGAGAAAAGCACACAUCCAUGACGAUGGCAGAUGAAAUGGACCCAAUGGGAAAUGCACGCCAAAUGAGCGAAUUCCAAAUCAGUAACAACAACAAUUCAUUGAUCACCAACCAAAAUAUUCCAUGGAAGCAACGCAAGCGAAAACGUUUGUCGGCUGUACUUGAUAAAUUGCACAAUAACAAUACAAUUACCAAGCGAUGUCUAAACGAAUUGGACGCAAUCAACGAGACAAAUAACAACAAUAACAAUCAGGGUGAAUCGUCAAAGGUGCCAUCACUGGUUGAUUUCCAUCGUGCUGUGAUGAACGAAGCGAGCGGCCGAGAAUCGGUACGAUCGAGCGGAGACGAUGACGAUGAUCGAACGACGAAUGCAUCCACCGAUGAUUUGCGAUCGAGUGUUGAGAGCCCGUUUGUAAAACGUGAACCAUUCAGCAGUCCGCUUGGAUUUGCUGUAAACGAUGAAAAUGCAUUUAAUGGUGAUAUUAAGCAAGAGAAUCGUACCAGUGAUUACGAGUACAAUAACCAUCGCAACGAGCAAAAUGUCAGCCCGAUGGAACGGUAUUUCCCACAGAUGCCACCACAACUCUUUGAAUACUACUUACAAACCAAAUACUUACCAGAUAUUCUGCGUAUGCGAAAUAGCAUGCCCGUUGCAAAUUCCGAUCUAAAAAUAAAACAACUCACACCCGACCACCAUCAUCAACAGCAACAGCAACAACAACAGCAACAGCAACAACAGUAUUCGCCGCAAAGCCAAUUGGCCGCACUCGAUUUACAAAACAAACCAAUUAAACAAGAAGAUACCAAAAUCCAACAGCCGCCACGAAAACGGCAACGUCAACCAAAACAGCAACAGUAUCAAUCAUUUGCCGCCGAAAAGCCACCGCCACAAGAUGCACCAUUGGAUCUGUCGAUGAAAACAAUUCUCGAGAACAUUACAAAAGCUACGGUGACACACAAACAAUCAUCACGCUCACCAUCCUCAUCGUCGUCAUCGUCCUUGUCGACAUUGCCAAAUCAAUGGCCAACACAAGCGCAUGAUAUGUCCGCGUCGAUACCCAAUCUGGCCAAUCUUCUUGUGAAUCCGGCAGCACAUUUGAAUAAUCAUCCCGCUUUUACUGCACCGCAUCAUCAUAGUCAGUCGCCGUUAUCGAAUACAGCUAGCAAUUCACUGGGCCAGGUACCCAUUAUCAAGGGUGAUGUCGCCUCGCCAACAACCAAAGAAUCCGUUGCAUUUAGAUACAACAUCAAUGUAUCACCGGUGGUGGAGGAAAUGCCACCCGGAACGGAUGUUGCAUACGUUUGCCCGAUUUGCGGUCAAAUGUUCUCGCUACACGAUCGACUGGCCAAACACAUGGCCUCGCGUCACAAAAGCAAGUCCAGCUCAUCCGAAAUCACCAAAUCGUAUGUGUGCGAAGUAUGCGAUCGAUCAUUUGCACGAUCUGAUAUGCUGACACGUCACAUGCGCCUGCACACCGGUAUCAAACCGUACACAUGUAAAGUGUGUAACCAGGUAUUCUCGCGAUCGGACCAUUUGUCAACGCAUCAACGUACCCACACCGGGGAGAAACCCUAUAAAUGUCCACAGUGCCCGUAUGCAGCAUGUCGCCGUGAUAUGAUUACCCGCCACAUGCGAACCCAUGCUCGAUACGAAGCUCAACGUGCUGCUGCCGCCGCCGCUGUUGCUGCAUCCAAUAAUGUCAUCGAUGCGGCCAAUUCACAAGCCAACUUUCAACGGAGCCUCAUCGCGAUGCCCAACACCAAUUUGUCUAAAGUGAAAAUAAAGAUUGAGGACAGUAAUCGAAGCGUUUCACCGAAAACGUUGUCGCCAGCAUAUGCAGCUAGUACAAUCAUCAAAACCGAAAAUAUUUGCUCAUGAACAACACGGAUUCAACGAUAAACAUCGACAUUAUUACAACGAUGGUGGUACAUUUAAAGGUUUAAGUAAUUUUUACUCAGUGUUUCAAUAAUUUUUUUUCUUCGUUUUAAAUUUAACAUUAAAUCAAAUUACAUCGAAUUAGAUCUACUUACAUGGUGUAUAUUUUUCAAAGACUGACAAAAAAACACCUUUGUUUCUCAAACACAUACACAUUAUAUGCGUAGCUACAAAAGAACGAAAUCAUACACACACGAAAAACAAAUAUUCUAUAGAAAAUAUUCAAAGAAAUCAAAAUUCUAAAGUGAAAAUAAUGAGAAAAAGAAUCAAAAAUUAUUUUAAAAAAAUACAAUCGUAUCGAAUUGUACACGGCCACACACACAAAAUCGUUCCAAUAACAUUGAAAUUUACUUAAAAACAGAACAAAAAUCCUUGCAUAAAAAAAAACUCAAACUGAAAUUGCUACUCAGAAAAUAAUCCUCAGUUUUGUUCACACACACACAAAAACAAAUCGUUAUAGAUAAACUUUAAUUAAUUAUUUUUCCAUGCGAAAACAAAAAAUAAUUUUUUUCUUCGGUUGAAUCAUUUUGAGAUUGUCCUCAAUACAUUUUUUUGUUGUUAUUAAAUUCAAUAUCAAAUAAAAGCUGUUCACAAAUAUGA